UCAGACAACUAUCAUGUAGCUAUGCCAUUUUAUAUUUUUUAGCUGUUCCUUGUAAGUAAUAUGUUAUAUUCACUUGAAAGUGUGUAUGACAAGGACGGCAGCAUCAACUGUUCCAAAGUUUGCCCGGUUUGUGCCCAUCCAUGUAUAGUAAAUACCUAUUUGAAUAUUCUUUAGGAAAAGCACUUACUCCUUCAUUUUUCCACUUGCACUUUGCUUUCGCACUCUCUUUUCGCUUUAAAAAGCACACUUGCUUUUUCUACUUCAAAAUUGUUUUUAAAAUCACAAUGUUAAAUUAAUAGUGGAAAAUAAUGGAUACAUAACACAGUAAUCCCGCUUCUAUUUAAAUUUGUCUUAAAAAUAAGUGUAUUCCUUCAUAAACCCUACAUGGUGAUAUUGUUUCCACUAAACAGAUUCACUUUUCUAAUUUAGUUCGAGGCUACUAGACUAAACUAUUAAUAAUAAUAAUUUCUCUGGAUGUUGGACGACAGAUCCAGAGAAGUUAUUCAUAAAUUCAUACAUUACAUAUUUUUUCAUACAUUUUCAAUAAUAUAACAAUAUUCAAGUUUUUUAAAAUGAUACCUCACUAUAUAAUAUAUUAUGUGUCGAGGUUAUCAUCAAAUUAAUACUAAUUUAUGCUACAACAGAUAAUACAAAAAAUCUAAAACUAUAUCUAUUACCUUAAGCAUUACCUAGUACAAAGAUACUGAACCGAGGUACUAUUUUCUACCUAUAAAUUACCUUAUUUAAAAAGAAUACUACUCAAAUCUAAAUCCUACUUACUACUAGUUCCUCACUACUUUGUAUUCCAAUACUGAAUAACCAAUGUCUAAUUUUUCUUUUGAAGAUAUUGAAAUUUUCCUCUCCUUUGAUUUCUAAUGGUAUUCUAUUAGAUAUUGUAGGCCCUAAAUAUCCUAGUGAUCUUUGCCCAAAUGCUGUAUUCAUUCUUGGUACUUCUUGAUUGUAACGUUCUCUUAUUCUAGUAUUAUGGCUAUGAUUUAUGAUAUGGUUCCUAUUUUGAUGUUUUUUCAUAUACCCUAAUAACAACAAUAUAUACAAUUGCCUAACACUGAGUACUCUAUUUUCUAUAAAUAAUUCUACAGUUGGAAACCGGAUUUCCCUGUUUCCCAUUAUUUUCAAAAUGCGUUUUUGAGUUUUAAAUAAUGGAUCUAUAAAACUGAAGUUAGCUGCACCCCAAACUAACAGACCGUACCUUAAAAGAGAUUCAACUAAAUGUUAAGUAUACAGUUUUUAACAUUUCUUUGUCUAUGAUACGCCUUAAUUGAUAGAAUUUGUAUAUAAGCUUCCUUAUUUUGGCAGUUGUAUAUGUUAUGUGCUUGUUCCAUUUCAAUGAAUCAUAUACUAUUAUUCCUAAAUACUUUAUAUUGGCAGAGCGUUCUAUUAGUGGGCAAUUACAAUUAUUGUUACUAUUUCUAUCACAAUUAUGAAGCUCCAUUGUUGUCAUGUGUGGUUUUGUGCUAUUUGUUAAAGAAAAAGCUAAAAAUUUUGUUUUUUUCUGAAUUUAAUUACAAUAAAUUAUUUCUUAACCAACUAGUGAUUUUUGUGAGUUCUAUCUCUGCUGUUUGGAACACUUCUUCCCAGUUUUUUCCUUGAAAAAGGAGUGCUGUAUCGUCAGCAAAGGCUAUAACUCUACCUUGAAUUUGAAUGGAGCACAACUCAUUUGCAAAGAUCGAAUACAAAAUUGGUCCUAAAAUUGUUCCUUGAGAACAGUAUUCAUUCCAAACUUCAUGGAACCCUCUGCACUCAUAUGGUUCUCAACCUUUGUUUUUUGCUGUCGAUUGCUGAGGUAGGAUCUGAACCAUUCAAGUGGCACUCCUCUUAUACCUAUUGCCUCAAGCUUUUUUAUUAAUAAGUCAUGGGAAACAGAGUCGAAGGCCUUUGCUAAAUCUAAAAAUACUGCUAGACAUUUAUUCUUUUCCUCGAAAUUGCUAGUUACAAAUUUUGAUAAUUCUAGUACAGCUAAUUCUGUACUUAUACCUUUGCGGAAGCCAAAUUGGUUAGGAGAAAGAAUAUUAUUAAUUUCUAAAAAGCUUAUUAAUCUUGAUUUAACUAGUUUUUCUAAAAUUUUUGAUACAUUGCUUACAUUGCUAAUCAGUGAAAUAGGUCUAUAAUUACUAAUAAUUAGUUUAUCACCUGCUUUAUGUAUAGGUCUGGCACAGAUUUGCUUCAUUGCUCUUGGAAAAGUACCAUAUAACAAGCUCAGAUUGAAAAUAUGAGUUGAAGGUUUAGAAAUUAAAUCUUUUAUUCCUUUCAAGGUCCUGUUAUCUAAUCCAUCUAGGCCUGGUGCACUAUUGCUGUGUAAAGAAUCAAUUGUGUUUAUUAUUUCCUUUUCAUCUAUGGGGAAAAGAAACAUAUUAUUUGGUACAUGCAAUUCUGGUACAUUAUCUGCUAUAAUUUGUUUAAUAUUUUUAUUCAGACUCAGAUAUUUUGUUAGCCAUACUCUCUCCAAUUGUAUAUAUGUUAAUCCCUUCACAAACCCUGCAUAGUGAUAUAGUUUAAACUCUACAGAUUUAGAUAACUAACUUAUUUUAUUAGUUCACUGUAGUUAUUUAUUGAAAUGUGCUCUACAGAUAAGAAGAGAAUUUAGUGGCCAGAAUCACAAUAAUUAGUCCUCUCAGUUAUGAGAUAUGGGAUAUGAUUAGUGGUUGGUUGCUCCAGUAAACCGUUGGCUUCUCCCCUCCCCAUCAACGGUUUGGUAUGAAGUUGAGGCUAUCCAAUGUUCAAUAUCCCAUCAGACAAAGACACUGACAAAUUUGUAUUUCCUAAUGUGCGGGUGGAGUGCAUUAUUUGUCUCUACGCUAGUAUUCUUAAACAUUCUUGAAUGAUUAUGUCAUCCAUAAUACAAUAAAUCUAAAACUGGCUGAUGCAGCAUAUUCUAAGUGAUCAUCAUCGAUUGUUCAGCCAACAGAAGAAACCAUUUAAAAUAUAAUUGCUAUGACAAAAUUACGCAUAAUUAUAUAAUUCACAUUUCCAACCAUAUAAAAUUUUGAUCAACCAUGCAUACAGCAAACUAUCAGCUUAGCUUAUGUAAGCCUUUAUAAAAAUAAUUGAAUAUCAUCAAUUACCACUAUGAUUUUGUUUUAAUGUGGCCUCUAACACUAGGCUGUAUUGACACUCAUGUUAGUCAGGUUGCAAGGCGUUGUAAAGCUUACAACCUACAUACUAAAAAAUCUUGUGUUGUGUUAGGCAUAAACACAAUGUUGUGUUAGUUGUUGGUAAGUGAACUCUGUUUCUGUAUCGAACAUCAUAAUAUGUGAUAUCAUGUUGUGUUAUCAAUUGAUUUUUUCUAAAACUAAAACUGCUUUGAACAAAAGAAAAAUAAUGUCUGACUGGUAAUAUAUUCAGUGAUUUGAAAAGGGUAGUGAGUGCUCGAUCUUUGGCUUGUCACAGAUUAAUCUUAUAAAAUGUUUUUGUACUACAAUAAUUAUUGACUUAUAUAUAAGCCAAUUAUUGGCUUCAAAUUUGUGAUUUAUGCCCUGCCAUAACAAAUGAGUUCAUAAUUGAUUCUCGAUUCCAACAAAGUGUGAUAUGAAUGGACUAAUUUCUAUUGGAAAAGUGAUAAGCUACUGGCCGCCAGUAAUUUCCCGUCUCAUAGAAAUUCCCUGUCUAAAUAGACAUUCCCUGUCUAUAAGCUGCUUCAAGAUGCAUUGUUUCAUUACUACCACAGACUGAGUGAAUGGUGAAUCCGCGGAUAAUAGGCUGACAGUGUGGGUCGUAGUCGUAUGUAAGGAUUUAAACAUUUUUUUAUCCAAUUCUUGGUAGGUGCCUAUAGCCUGGAAGGAUCAUCUACUGAAUGAAGAAACAAAUGAUCAUAUCAUAAAUCAGAAAUUGGCGAUAGUUGUCCUUCCCUAAAAUAAUAAUGGUUUGUCACUUGAGUUUCUAAUUUAUCAUCACUGUGACUUUUGAUCCAAAAGAAUCUGGGUAGCUGUUACACCAGCCUGGAUAACAAUAUCACUAACCAGCAAUUCACUGUACGUUUUUGUGAUGAAGUAUACUGUAGUUUGUAUGCACAUCAUUAUUUUCAAUUCAACAAAAACAACUUUUCUCUCAACUCUUCUACUUACAUACAUAUUUUUGAAGUUUCAUACCUUCAACUAGACAUCCUAAUUUUUUCAUUAGAUGUAUCACAAUUUUGUAUUCUUGUUGAGAAAUUGUAUAUCUCAUCCAAACAUAUAUAUCAUCAAUAGUAUUUAAUAUUAUAGGCUCUGAAUGGGCUUUAAUAAGGGUAUAGGCUUUAAUAAUAUUAGGCUCUGAAUGCUGCAUAGAGUUCUAACUUUAUCAACUCAUAUUCCAUCACGGUAUGUGAUUUUCUGAAUUUCCUUACUUCGAGUACAAAAUUUGUACUGAAUGCUGUAAUGUUUCAAUUGUUUCAAUUGUUGUUCGAAUCUCAUUGAUGAUUGUGAUUUCACUUGAAAAUUAUAGAUUGUAAUUUGUUGUUUCUCAACUGGAGGAGAGAAUAGUAACAAAAUUUUGCUUUUACAUUUAAAAAAUAAAACUGAUAUUUGUUAUGUCCGCAUAGAUAUAAUAUUCAGAUAUGAGCGUAUAGUUUUCUGACAAUGAAUACGUAUGAUUCGACCUUGACUUGUCGCCUUUGAUUAAAUUUUAUCAGCGACUCUUCAAAAUUAAGGUCAUUCUAUUUGAGUGUAACAUAUUACACUAAAAGCGUUUAUGUUACCUAUCACUGAUUUUCUUGUAUAUAUAUUAUAUUGUAUCGUAUUUACGAACUAAAUGAUUAUGAACUAUGGGCUAAAACUGUAUAAACUAUAGUACUUGGAAACGAGUUUUAAGAAAAUUCUGCAUGGAUCAAAUUGGAUUGAAAAGCUCUAGAAGAUCAUAAGAUACUUUUCCACGAACGUUUAUUAAGGACAUGAAGUAGAUUGUUGUAUGCAGCCAAAUAUUAGCCACUUGAAAAAAAAUAAUUUAUUUAUUUAUUCUUACAAAAAUCUAGGAGUGCAACAGGCAUAACAGCCCAAACGCACUCAUGAAUACAGGAAAUACAUUAUUAAAAAUUAUAAAAAAAAAAAUAGAUUUAUAUAUAAAUACUAGAAAAGUAAUAAGAGAAUGUUUAAAAUGGUACAUGUGAAAAACAGACUAGAAAAAUAGUAUAAUAGCUACUUUGAGAAAGAAAAGAAUAAUGUUGAAGUUAAAUGAUAAAACUGAAUUUUGAUUAUUCAAUAAGAUCAAUCAUAACCACAUAAAAUAACAACAUAUAACCUACGUAUUACAUACGGUUCUACGAGAAGUGAUAAAAGAACUAGAGAAAAAGGGAUCAAAUGGGAAGUGGAAAAAAUAUUAAAAGUUAGUUAGUGGAAAAAGGGUGACCAUGGAGAGAACAAAGAAAAGGCCAUUGUGAACCAGAGUAAAUUAAGAACAACAGGUCAUUGAAGAAUGGUGACAUUUUUCUCUUGAAGCUCCAUUUAGACAAGGAGGAGAGAUCAACCUGACCAUCACAGCAGAGGAAUAUACGAGGAAUACGAUUCAUUGAUGACCGUGCGAGAUGCCCUCAAUUCAGCGUUGGAUGAAGAGAUGGCCAGUGAUGAGAGAGUUGUGCUAUUAGGAGAGGAGGUUGCUCUCUACGAUGGAGCCUACAAAGUUUCAAGAGGAUUGUGGAAGAAAUAUGGAGACAAACGUGUUAUUGAUACUCCGAUCACCGAGAUGGGUUUUGCUGGUAUAGCUGUUGGUGCAGCCAUGGCUGGCCUGCGACCGAUCUGUGAAUUUAUGACUUUCAAUUUUUCAAUGCAGGCCAUUGAUCAAGUCAUCAAUUCUGCUGCUAAAACAUUCUACAUGUCGGCUGGAACGAUAAACGUUCCAAUUGUAUUUAGAGGUCCGAACGGUGCGGCGGCUGGUGUAGCAGCUCAACACUCGCAGUGUUUUGGUGCUUGGUACAGUCACUGUCCAGGAUUGAAGGUAUUUUUCAACUUCCAUCAAGUAUUUUCUAUCAUGAAAGUUAUCAUAAAUCAUUAUAUUCUGAAAUGCUUUCCAAUGAAUUUUUACUUUGUUCGCAGAAGAACACCGUCGGUUUUUAUGGGAAUGUUCAGGUGUUAGCGAUCUGCAAAUCUA